CCCAAGUGCCGUCCCAAGCAUUAGUUAUAAAUACUCCUCUUUUUUUUGUAUUUUUUUUAUUUUUUUUGUUCACAUCUCACAAUCGAUCUGAAGCACCAACCUUUCUUGAAAUGCUGCUAAAGAAAUUUACUCUCCUGGCUGCUUUUGUGGUUACAGUUUGCAGUGGUGCUGUUCUUCCUAAUGUUACAGCAUUAGAAAAACGUCCAGACGAUGUUUCAGUCCAAGCUGUUGAUUUCUCUAUCUGCGGUGCUGCAAUUGGAAAAGCUGCAGUUGAAUUACUCAAGUUUUCCUGGAACACUGGACAAGCUCAUCUAAAGGGAAACGCAGAAGCUUGCAUCAACAUGCUUCGGGGAUCAAGCCAAUGUUCAUCUGUGAAAAAAAGAAGUGGAAAAGCGAGUGCUGGAGAUGAUGUUGUAUCAAGAUGCUUCUGCGCAUAUUCAGUUGGUACCGCCAUAAACGUUGAAAACUUUCUUGGAGAAGGGAGUCAAGCCACUCAAGCAAUGCUCAAUACAAUUACUGGUGGAUAUUUUACAGGCGCCAACAAUUUGGAAUUCGACUGUGGUGAUAAGCGUAUGUUUACAAGUAUUGUUGUGAGUUGUGCAAGUGACUCAGUGCAGGAUCGCGUCGAUCAGUGUAAGGGAGGCACUUAUUCACCAAACAGUCAACUUGUCGAAAAAGCUAGAACGACAGUGCAUUUGACAAAACCAGAUACACCAGCACCAUGCGAGAUUCGUCCUCCGUACUGUAAUCGCACUCCUUCAAAUAAUAACACAAUAGCUAAUUAAGAGGAGAUGAAAAUCCUAAGUAGGGGG